CCUGUCUAGGACGUUAAUAUUUCGAUCUUUCUCCGAGUCCGAGCGUGUUUCGUUUUCUGAAGUGAACAAAGCUCACUACGAAUAGGACGGUAGUGAUGGCUGCUGGUAAUAAUAAAGUGGUGUUGUUUCGAUGAAGGAUGAUGGCAUCCAAUCAUAGAUAAGAAGAACUAAAUGACUACAUCGGGAGAAGGAAUGUGCCUACAUCUCUCUCUCUCUCUCUCUCUCUCUCUCUCUCUCUUCGAUGAGAGAAAAAUCUUUAUUUUCUAAAAAUAAUGCGAACUUUUGGAGAGUUGUUACGCCACUGCCUUUCACGGUCUCAAGCUGUCGAGUCCACGCGAGGAAAACAACCAACGUGUUUACGAAACUCCGCGCAGGGAGGUACUGUCAAGUGCGUUCUACUCUUGUUUUCACGAGAAUUUUGUUAGGGAGUGGUAAAAAGACUGUCAGCUAUCGCGAUAUCGCGAACAGUUGUCGCUAGCGUGCAAGCGGUUAUCGUUUUCGUAAAAUUGUUACUACUACGUAAACUUUUCUCAAAUGUCAUUGGAGAAGUCCCGUCGCUACAACGGUAACGGUAUAUUUUUACAUGAUCACGAGAAAGAGAAGAAAUCUAUUUUGUCGAUAUCAAUCCUUAACGGCAACGAAAUACAUACGAAGAAAAUAAUAUGAUAUUAUGUAUUAAUAAUUCGUAUUAACAAAAAAAGAAAAAAAGAAAAAAAAAAAAAGAAAAAACAGAAAUAAAGCCGAAAAGAAACGUGCGACAUUCUAAAAAAAUAGAUUUAAAAAUGAAUAAUAUUUCUUCAUAUCUUUUGUUUCUCCGUAAUAUGAAAAAACAUGAACCGAUGUCAGACAAGCCGUGUUUACCUUGUACUUAUCUCCCCUCUAGUUCUUCUUCUCUUUCUCUCUUACUUUCAUAAAUAUUAUGAGACGUAAGUAAUACUUUGAGUUCGUAGUAAUAUCCUUUGUAUAAGCCGAGAAUGUAUCAACUAUACGUAAAACUAAAGGAAAUCAGUCUCGUUUUGUUUCAAUUUACGUAAAGAUCUUGAUAUCUUUAAAGUCUUAAUAAAAGUAAAAUGGUAAAAAGGAAAAAUCAAAGUUUCCACGAGAAUAAUUUAUUUAUUUAUUAUUCAUAUUAUCAUGAAAACGAGAUUUAAUAUAUUAAUACGAUCCGAUAUCAAAAAGGGUGUCGCUAUAUUGAAUUGCCUCUACGCUCGUCAACUUUGUUUCGAGGAUCCAUCCUGUAGUGCCAUUCUCGAAAUUAUUCCACGUGUCUGCGGUCCAGAAUUAGUGGCUUGUUCAACGGUGACGGUGACCAAGUGUCGUUCAGCACUUCACAGUCUGCAAGCUUUCUCGUUCUUUCGGCCCACGUGUCUUUGUAAGGAACGGCACGUCGAUCCAGACUGCAAUAGUUUCCAGAAUUUCCUCUUCGAUCAUCCCUGCAUCGACGUACAGAAGAAAGAAAAAGAACAGCAUCCAAUCGAACCUUUACCAACGUGCACCCAUGCCAUGAACGAGUGUCUACGAGGGAAGCCGUGUAAUCAGAUCUUCGAGAACUUCAAAAACAGCUGUAAAGCACGAGAGGGCAAGUGCAGAAUGGAGAGUCGAGAUGCUUGUCAUGACUCUUGGACGCAACUUCGAUUGUCACCGGUCUUUGGUUGUAUAUGUCCAAAUAAUCACAUAAAGAAACGAUGCGACAGGAUCUUCUCAUUGGUCAAUCAUAAUCCUUGCGUCGAGUAUCUGCCCUCCUCCGCCUCGGUAGACCUAUCGGGUACGGACUCGGCCCUCUAUCCAUUCGACCCGCAGCAGGAGAGCUACCAGGAGAUCUGGUUACCGCCGACCAGUAUGUAUCCCUAUUUUCUGUUCCCCGGGACCGCGCGCACCUCGUACCACGACUACGAAAUACCGUACGAAGGACAAGAACAGGGACAUCGCCGUCAGCACGGCCAUCGUCAUCAGCCCGGUCGCCAUCAGGAGGCACCGGAAAAGCCAGCCAAGCCCAGCGUGUUCGUCGUCGACGCGAACGAUCCACGGAGGAACGAUUUAAACAAGGCUGAUCCUCGUAACGAGGAUCGUUUCGUCGUGACCGACGACGAACACUCGUCGGCUGGUCGGUUCCAUCUUCCAGGUUCAAGGUUCGGCAACCGGAGGCAGGAGGGUGCCCGGGGAGAUGGGAUCUUUCAAGAUUUUGAUGGCUCCUCUUCAUCCUCCAACAUCCAUUCCUAUUCUUCUUACCCUUCAUCCUCGUCCUCUUCUUCUUCUUCUUCUUCUUCUUCUUCUUCUUCUUCAUCAUCUUUGUCUUCUUCUUCUUCUUCUUCUUCUUCUUCUUCUUCUUCUUCUUCUUCUUCUGACGCGUUUUCCAAGCAUGAUCGUGCCUCCAACACAGUGCACCUGCAGCCAAGGCACCCCCACCAAAGCGAGCAUGACGCGCACCUGCACCAUCACCAUCAUCACCAGCACCAACAGCACCACCACAACCACAACCAGCACCACUACUACCACCAUCACCCUGCACCUGCACCGUCCCCGUCGUCUUCUUCGUCGUCUUCGUCUUCCUCGUCGUCAUCGUCGUCUUCGUCAGCAUCCUCGUCCUCGUCAUCGUUGUCGUCGUCGAACGCGCAACCACCGCGACCGACGCCUACCGUCGACGAAACUAAACGAAUCGAGACACCGCAAGUCGCGCCACCAAAGAAAUUCGCACCGAGGCCAACCUACGAGCAUCGGGCGAUCUUCGAUCGCGUCGACGACGACCUCGAUGACAUCGAGUUCAGGAUCGGCGCUCUGCCAGUCGAUCGGCUCUUCGAUCUGCGCGAGGCUUUCGAAGGCUUCGUCGAUCAAGUGAAGGUCAUCUCUCAUCCGGACAACUCUACGAGCUUCGAGGUAAUCGAGUCUCAAGUGGAGAAUCCAUUGAUUGAUGCCGAUCAUCAAGAUCUUCUAGCGAUGAAACAGAUACCUGUACCUGGUGAUCAUCAUCGACGAUCUCAUCGAAAGAAGAAUCAGACUGUGGAAGAACUCGAUCAAGCUGCAGCUCUACCAUCUGCUAAAUCGGAAAUUGACAAGAUUCAGCAACCACCUAAGUUGAUACUUUCCAGUACAUGUCAUCAUGCAUACACAUCGUGCAAGAACGACCCGGAGUGCAAGGCAUUAUUACAGCCGGUCCUGAAUUACUGUGGUUUGACGAGCUGCGCGAGAAACGAAUGUAUGGCAGCUCUACAACACUUCUAUAAAACGGCUAAUCACAAGCACUCCAUCGAAAUAGCUUUCUGUUUGUGCCGAAAAACCGAUGGCAGAAAAGACGAAUGCAUCGUAGCACAAGAAAAGAUGCAUCCUGCAUGUGCUCAACGUAUCGAAGGUGCCGAUAUGCCCACAUGUCACAGUCUCGCGGAAACUUGCAAGAAAAACGAAGCCUGCCGCAUGAGAUUGGAGCAUUACGAGCAAAAUUGUGCGGUAGACAGUGUAACGAAAAAAUGUGCUGGACCACCAUCCGAUUGUAGGAAAGCGAUGCUAGGUAUACUUGGGACCGAACUUCGUUCAAAUUGCGCUUGCAAAGGCACCGACUUCACGCAACUCUACGACUGUCUUGGUUGGCAAAGACUCCUUUGGGUUAACCCGUGUGUAGUCGAGUCUCAAAAGGACUACCAUGCACGUCGAAAACACCACCACUAUCCAAGAACAACGCCGAUUGGCAAUAUUCCGUCGACGACAACAAUGACGACGUCGUCGUCAACUACGAGAACACACGUAAGCAUGACGGCUACUACGAUGGCCACCGCGGUUGAACGAGUUGAAGAUAAUCAAAUACCGGAAGUAACGAGGUGGCCGACCACCGAACCCACGGAAACUUUAGAAAUCACGACUAACACCGUUAGUACGACGCCAAGCACAACUACAACGACAACCACACCGCCCCGCUUUUGUGUCGUUCAAAGGCCAAGACAGAGCCAUCAGUACAUACGAGAGGGUAAAGGCAAAAGGCUUUAUCGCGAAGACGAGCCAGAAUGUUCGGAGCUCUGUCAAUGCGGUGAAGGCGAAGUUCUCAUCUGCAAUACGAUCUGCGUCGAUUCAUCUCCUUGUAAAACGGACUUCGCUUACUAUAACCAUGAGGCGCCAGCUUAUCAGGCCCACCGUGGUCCAUGUCUCUGCUAUAGUGGUGGUUUCAUAUGUAUGCGUCCAUCACCUGGAGCGUACAGUAUACCGCACGGAGUUUUUAUGUUCUUGGGAUAUAGCGAAAAGGACGAGACCUUGUUAAGGCCACACAACAAUCUUACGGUCCUAGACGCCGUUUCGUCUCUCGACAAUUUCAUGCGAGAGGAAGUCAAUAACCAGACCGUAUGCACGCUCUUCCUCUACAAUGUGACUCGAGAGAACGUGAUUGCAGUAGCACGUCUUGGUACGGACAAUCCACCUUUAAAUAGCAGUCAAGCUCAGAGUUUGCAACACCUCUUGCGAGUCAAGGAGGAAUGCGCUUCCAUGCUGGAGGAUUUGAGCCAGAAGAUCAAUAAUAAGCAUCAUGAAGUUCACACGCAUCCUUUACUCUCGAUAUUCAAGAUGGCCGAGGUCGCGGUUAAACUACCCUAUAGCAACGAUGGUAGAAGCAUGUCAAGGUCAUCGAGUUCUAUCCUCCUACUCGUGCUCCUCGCGUGCAGCGUUCUCGCGUCCACUUCGACGUGUCUCGCCAACGAUUCGUGACACGUAUAAAGUUACCUAUUCUAGAAGAGAAGGGGAAAAAGAGCCUCGAGUGUUUAAAAUAUCAACGACGAUUUAGGGACAUGAAAAAGUGUCAGAAAGAGUUUAAUGAAAAAAGGAAAGAAUGAAAAAUGAUGUAUGCAGAUAUAUGUGGGUGUGAAUGUGUGUGUGUGUGUGUGUGUGAGUAUGUGUGUAUGUAUGUAUGUACGUAUGUAUGUAUGCGCGUAUGUACGUUUACGCGUACGUUUUCGUACGUAUAUGUAUGUAUGUUUGUAUCUGCCUGUAUGUGGUGCGUAGAUACUUGCGUAAAGAAGUUUAAUUCAUCUUUUUCGAGAAAGAUAUAAAAUGGCUAUCUGUCUGACUAUCCAAACUUGUUCCUACAAUCGAGAAUCGAACGACACUAUAAAAAACUAAGCCAAAUAAUUUUCCGUGUAAUAGAUUACGGAUAAACAUAUACCAUAUAUGUGGUAGUAUUACAAUAAGAUCGUAAUAAGAAAAAUCUCUGUACGUGUUACGUAAUGUAAAAGAAUAUGACAAAAGAGGGAAAGAUUUAUUUUCUUAUAUGUUUCUUCUCGAGUCUAUUUUCAUUCACGUUGUAUUUUGAAAAUAUUGAUUGAAGAGAAAAUAGAAUAGCAAAACCGAAUUAUAGUCGCGUUGUCAUAAAAUCGAACGUAUAGAAACAGCUGCAGUUAUCUGCUCGAUCUCGAUGCAAAACGUGCUUUUUCUGAUAUUACAUUUUCAAUAAGAAAUAGAUCACGUAUGAAAAAAGUGAGCAUAAAUUCAAAUACAUAGUUCGCUGCUGGACCGGCGAUAAUAUUACAAUAUCUUCCAAACGAUCUUGGCUAAUGUAAAAUCCUGUCGCGAUAAUUAUAUUGAUCCAAAAUAAACUACGACACGAUAUCAGCAGAGUUCAAGUUCUACUCUAAAGGAAAUUAUGAAAAAUCUCCUAAGGCAUGAACGAUUCUAUAAUUAUUGGAGAUAAAAUCAAGUACGAUACUCGAUUGCCUGGAAUGACUUCGUUUGUAUAAAUCGAAUGAAUUAGAGAAAGAAUGAAAGGGAGGGAGAGAGAGAGAGAGAGAGAGAGAGAGAGAGAGAGAGAGAAAUAGAAAGAAAGAAAGAAACAGAGAGUCUGUAAAUGACUAGCAUUAAUUAAUAUGUAUAAUGAAUUAAUCUACAAGCUCCUCCCAUACUGGACCAUUAGGUGUGUUUGUUAAAGUUGAAACUUGAAGCGCAAAUAACGCGUCUUCAGGUUAAUCAUAUGAGGCUCCGAAUAUUGUAGAUCGAAUUAUAGAUUGUUAAUAUAGAUAUAAAAUAAAGGUGUAAAAAAUAGAAGUAGAUACGCUACGUAAAAAAAAAAAA